AUGGUUGUCCUUCUUCUUCUUCUCUUGUUUCACUUAGCCCCUUGUGCAACCUCAUUAAACUUCAGUUUCCCCACCUUCCCAAAUAGCAUCAUCAACACCCUAUCUCUCGAGGGAAAUGCUUCCGUCGACGGCAAAUUCCUCCGACUCACCAAUAGCGCUGUUGACGACCAAAAAAACCAAAGCGCCGGCCAAGCCACCUACAGCCAACCCUUCCUCCUACGCGACAACGCCACGGGAAAACUCGCUGAUUUCACCACAACUUUCACAUUCACCAUCAACUCGCAAAAUAAAACACCCUAUGCAGACGGGCUCGCCUUCUUUUUGGCACCAAACGAGUCUGCACUCAACACAACAAUAGGCAGAGGCGGCGCUCUUGGCCUCCCCAUCAUACACACAGAAAAAAACGAGUUGACGAAUCAGUACCCGUUUGUGGCAGUGGAGUUUGACAUCUUUCAGAAUACAGAGACGUAUAUCCAAGAUCCCGCCGGCGAUCAUGUUGGUAUUGAUGUCAACUCUGUCAAGUCUAAUGAUACCAGUCCGUGGAAUGGUGGCAUUAUGGAGGGACAUGUCAACUCUGUCAAGUCUAAUGCUACCAGUCCGUGGAAUGGUGGCAUUAUGGAGGGACGAGACAAUAAUGCUUCGAUUCGUUACGAUUCUGGAUCAAAAAAUCUUAGCGUUACCUACACUACUUAUGAAAAUGGUGUCUCGGUUGAGAAGUAUCUUGAUUACAAG